UUCUUGGUGUUUUUGUUUUGAAAGGGAAACUAUCUUCUGCAUGUUUUCCCCCCAAAAAAGUGAUUUUCGUGUAAAAAUCUCAAAUUUUCCCACCUCAUUGGCAAUCUUAAUAUUUUCUUGAAAUGGCAUCUGCCUCUUCUAGCAGUGCAAAGAAUCUCUUUAGCGACUCCAAGCGGAGACUAGCAGAUCGUGUUAUGGUGAACGUUCACAAUUCCGCAUCAGUUGCGCGCCAAAUUGUUCGUGGUUCAAAAUCAAAUGAGAUUUUAAUGCAAGCUGCGAGGAAUUUUGCCCAAGCUGAGACAUCAAUGGACAACAGUGUGCAGAAUUUAAAGAAAAUGCAGCUAAUUAGGCAACAUAUGGGGUACCAAGUUGAGGCAAUUGGUCAAGGGGUGGAUAAACUGGAUGGCAUCAAGGAACAAGUUUGUUCCAUGGAGAGAUAAAACAAAUGCUUAAAAACAAUAAAUUUAUUAUUUUUCUUACGUUUAACUAAAUAAUUUUGUGAUUUUUAGCUUUAAAGAAAUUUUUAAUUUAAUAAAUGAUUUUCUGGAGAAA